UGUCAUUUGCCGGAGUCUAGCAAAUAGCAGCUAUGGAAUAAAAAGAAAAUCACCACUUCAAAACUUGCAUCUUGUUUCCCGAAGUAUACAUCAUCUCUACUAUCCAAGUUCAAAAUUUCAAAGACCUCCGUUAAGGAUAUCCAUUCAGCUGUUCUCUUCUCUUAAUCGUCUGUCCCUACGCAAAACAAAACUUUUAAAUGGAAAACAUGGAUACCAGUUCCACAGGAACUUUUGGCUAGCUAGACUAGCAUCAAGGCUUCUCAAAGUUCGCUAUCUUAUAUUAGGAUCUGCUGUAGGUGGUGGUUAUACAGCUAAGAAGACAUAUGAUCAGUGGAAGGACAUGAUGCCAGAUCUCGAUGAAUAUAAGUGGAUUGUUCCUGACUUCAUUUGGGAGCUUGAUGAACAUAUUGACUUUGAAAAACUUAUCAAAGCCCUUCCUGAUACAGAUGACCUUGCCAAACUUCUGCCUGAUUUUGACAAGAUUGGAGAGAGCUUCGCUUCACUGAAAGGAUUUUUUUCUCCUGGUUACAAUUUGGUUAGUGAAGUCAUAGGAGCUUCUGAUCUACUUCUGUUGUUAGGUUCUCCAGGGGAAACAGCAUUCAGAGCUACUGACCAGGGAUAUGACAAUGACAAACAGUUCAAGAAGGUUUCUGACAAAGAGAAGAUUGAUCAACUUCAAGAAGAACUUUUACGUACUCAGCUCAAAUACCAAAGAAUGCUCGAGCGGUUAGAGAAGGAGAACAAAGAACUAAGAAAAUUGGUACUGCAAAGAGAUGACAAGGGAAUUCAUCAGAGGAAGUUAAAGAAAUCUUUGAUUGAUAUGUAUUCUGAAGUACUUGACAUUCUGUCUGAUUACGAUGCCAGUUACAACACUCAAGAUCAUCUACCUCGAGUGGUGGUUGUUGGAGAUCAAAGUGCAGGAAAAACCAGUGUGUUAGAAAUGAUUGCCCAAGCCCGCAUAUUCCCUCGAGGGUCUGGGGAGAUGAUGACACGUUCCCCUGUGAAGGUAACCCUUAGUGAAGGUCCCCACCAUGUGGCUUUAUUCAAAGAUAGCUCUCGGGAAUUUGAUCUGACCAAGGAAGAGGAUCUUGCAGCUUUGAGAAAUGAAAUAGAAAUCAGAAUGAGAAAUAGUGUGAAGGAAGGGUGCACUGUUAGCACUGAGACUAUCUCCUUAAGUGUGAAAGGUCCUGGUUUGCAGAGAAUGGUAUUGGUUGAUUUACCUGGAGUCAUUAGUACUGUGACAUCAGGUAUGGCUCCAGAUACUAAGGAAACUAUCUUUAGCAUCAGCAAGGCCUACAUGCAGAAUCCUAAUGCCAUCAUCCUUUGUAUUCAAGAUGGAUCAGUGGAUGCAGAACGCAGUAUUGUCACAGACUUAGUCAGCCAAAUGGAUCCUCAAGGAAAAAGAACAAUUUUUGUGUUGACUAAAGUUGAUCUUGCUGAAAAAAAUGUGGCUAGCCCCAGCAGGAUCCAGCAAAUAAUCGAAGGCAAACUCUUCCCCAUGAAAGCUUUGGGUUAUUUUGCAGUUGUUACUGGAAAAGGAAACAGCAGUGAAAGCAUUGAAUCUAUUAAAGAGUAUGAAGAGGAAUUUUUUCAAAAUUCAAAGCUGUUGAAGACAUGUAUGCUGAAGGCACACCAAGUAACAACAAAGAACUUAAGUCUUGCUGUGUCAGAUUGCUUUUGGAAAAUGGUGAGAGAGUCUGUGGAGCAGCAAGCAGAUGCUUUCAAAGCCACACGUUUCAAUCUUGAGACUGAAUGGAAAAACAAUUACCCUCGGUUGCGAGAGCUUGACAGGAAUGAACUAUUUGAAAAAGCAAAGAAUGAAAUUCUUGAUGAAGUCAUAAGCUUGACUCAGGUCACACCAAAGCACUGGGAGGAGAUUCUUCAGAAAACUUUAUGGGAAAGGGUAUCUACUCAUGUGAUUGAGAAUAUAUACCUUCCAGCAGCACAGACUAUGAACUCAGGGACAUUUAACACCACUGUGGACAUCAAACUGAAGCAGUGGACUGACAAGCAGCUACCUAAUAAAGCAGUAGAGGUGGCAUGGGAGACUUUGCAAGAAGAAUUUUCGCGUUUCAUGACAGAACCAAAAGGAAAAGAGCAUGAUGAUAUUUUUGAUAAACUGAAACAAGCUGUCAAAGAAGAAAGUAUUAAACGACAUAAAUGGAACGAGAGAGCAGAGGAUAGCCUGCGAGUGAUCCAGCACAAUGCCUUAGAAGAUCGGUCAAUAUCUGAUAAACAGCAGUGGGAUGCAGCUAUUCAUUUUAUGGAAGAGACUCUCCAAAGUCGUCUCAAAGACACUGAAUCUGUUAUUGAAGAUAUGGUGGGUCCAGACUGGAAGAAAAGAUGGUUAUACUGGAUAGGCCGCACCAAAGAACAGAAUAUUCGUAAUGAAACAAAAAAUGAACUGGAGAAAUUAAUCAAAUGCAGUGAAGAACAUGCAGCUUAUCUGGCAAAUGAUGAAGUGACAACUGUCAGAAAGAAUCUUGAAGCAAGAGGAGUAACAGUGGAUCCUUGUCUGAUUAAAGACACAUGGCACCAAAUUUAUAGAAGAUAUUUUCUGAAGACUGCUUUGAACCACUGCAAUCUGUGUCGAAGAGGCUUUUAUUACUACCAGAGGCAUUUUGUGGACUCAGAGGUAAAUUGAAGUACAGAUA